GGCGAUGGAGUAAGGUGUUGGAUGCGGAGGGAGCAGAGGGCCGGGAGGGGGGCGGCGAGCCGCCGGCAACCAGGACUCCCCUCCGCUGCCCGAGGGCACGCAGCUCGCCUCGGCGCGGACACGCAGUGAAACAGGGAAGCUCCCGUUCCGUUCCGCCGGCGCGCUCAGCCCGCAGGACAGCCGGCGAUGAGCGGACUGAGGUCUCCUGGGCUGCUGGGGCUGGUGCUCUUGGUGCUCUCGGCAGGAUACUGCAAAGAGAAAACCGACGCCGCGGAUCUGAAGGACAGGCAAAGUCUCUUAAAUCUCAUCAUGGAGAUCAUUCAGGAAUUGAAGAGGUACCGCCUGGAGAAGGACAGUGGGGUGCAGUACUUCUCCAAGCACGACUACAGCUUGGAUCGGAGGGAAGUGGCUGACUACGGAGGAUACCAGGAUGAGCAGAGAGUUGAAAUAGUUCCCAGAGAUCUGAGGAUGAAAGACAAGUUUUUAAAGCACUUAACAGGUCCACUCUACUUCAGCCCAAAAUGUAGUAAACACUUUCAUCGGCUUUACCACAAUACAAGGGACUGCACCAUCCCAGCCUACUAUAAAAGAUGUGCCAGGCUUCUUACUCGGUUGGCAGUAAGCCCGAUGUGCAUGGAGGGAUAAGGUAUAACCAACAACUAUUACAUUGUCUGCAGUGAAAAUUAAUGAGCAUCAGGAACAAGACUCCUGAAGCAUUCACCUGAAGUUCUCAAUGAAGAACUUGUAUAUUUGUGGCAAAAGACAAGGAUCAGUCUGAAAAUCCAGCCUCCCUGGCAGCAUUUGUCACAAUCACUUUGGCUUCAGUCACAUUUUACUACAUUUGUUUGAAAACCACAAGGUGCUACUAUUGGCACUCUCCCAUUUCCAUGACCAGGUGUUUGCUAGAGACCAAUGGUGAUCUCAUGAUGCAUUCUUAACACCUCCUGGUACCAUAAGGACUGCAGACUGCAAUUGAAUGUAUGAUUACAUAUUUCUGUUCUAAGUGCUUACACACAACUGCUUAUAUAUUAACUUCUUCUAAAGUUUCUACAGUUGCUUCUAAUGAACAAGAUAAAACUAGUUAAAUAGUUUUUAAGUACUAAAUACAAGACUGAAGGGUGAGAAAGAGAACUGUAAUACAAAAAGUACAUUAAAAAUCUACUGGUUAUUUAUUUCCCAGAAAAGCAGAUACAACUAGCAAUAUUUUAAAUAAAAGCAAUAAAGACAAUGUUUCUUGCUUAAUACUGUACAUUACAGGGCAAGAAUAAAUAUAUAUAUACAUAAGAAGGUCAAAGAUUCUUUAUAAAAAUCCAAGUAAGCUAAAGCAUACUGAUAACUAAAAAUUUCUUUGUAAAUUAAAAAAUAAAACUGUGUAAACUUCUUAAGAUGUGUUAACUGUACUCGUAUGUUAAGAAAGCUGAAAGUACAAGAGAAAUUUGGAAACUUUAAAUACAUAAGGAGAAAACAAAUAACAUACUGGACAUCCCAAUCCUGUACACCAUAUUGUAUAAGCAUUACUUCAAACAAUCUUUAAGCAGAAAUAGUGGGUUCUUACUUAUGUUUUGCUUCAAGUCUUUUCUAACUGGGGAACAGCAGUCUUUAAUUGCUUUCUUACAGUUUCUUAUUCAGACUAAGACCAAGUACACUAAAGAAACAUCACAGACACUUUCAUUUCUUAAAGGAAGUGAAGUUGGAAUUCAGAUGUGAGUUUUGCAUAUUAUCCAGUGAAAACAAACACUUUUUGUUCUAGAAAGUAUAUGUUGAUCUGUCAUAUACAACUUCUCAUGACAUAUUAUAUCACCUCUGCUGGGUGGCAGGAAAUAAUUCCCAAAGAAACUAAUUUAAGACUUUAUCAGAACCACUUCUUUGAAAUAAGUAGGUGGCCUGCAUAACUGGUUACCACUGUGGUAUCAUUCAACUUUAUUACUAGGCAAUUUUGAAUUUUAUUUACUAGGGGAUUUCUGUGGCUAGCACCAGACGUAACACCAACAGCUUUAUCUUUGCUGUAUGGAUACCCUCAUGCUCCCACUAGAGCCACCUUCCACCUGGGCAAUGAUUGAUGGGGAAGGAAAAGGAAUUUCAGAUAGUAGCAAAUAUUUCAGAUAUUCAAAUAUCAGAUAUUCAGGAAUUUCAGAUAUUAGCAAAAGGAAAUUCUGCUACAGAGCCCUGUUGGUGCAAUGUUUUACAAUUUAUACUGAUACUUAAAAUAUUAACUUCCUCUCUUGGAUUGUUCUUUCUCAGAAUUUAACAUCAUGCACAGAUAAUGAAUAGAACCAAAUGAGGAAAGCAGUAGUGUGCCUUUACAGUAUGUUUAUUAUUGUUAUUAUUUGCAUUAGCAAAGGAAAACAAAAAGUAAGAGUUAAAGAAAAUGGAGCUGUGUGCCUAUGGCAGUCAAGUAGCAUUCAGGAUCUCCAUUAACAUUACUACUUGACUAUCCUAAAUUCCAGUCUAAUUUUUCUAGACUGAUGCAUGUAACACAGAUUAUAAGAAAUUUAAAGAAGUACAGCAACAGACUGAUUAGGGAUAAAACUCUGAGAAUACUACAGAUAGAGAAAUUUAGUGAAAUUUACCUGAGCACUGAGAAUCUAAGACCCACUGACUUUGAUCAGGUAUCUGUACGAGAGCAGGUAUGGUUCAAGUAAGUUCAAUCAGUUCUAGUUUAUCCAGCCUUGGUAAGCUGCAUAUUCCCGUUAGUAAUGAACAAACUAUUUAUUAAAUUCUGUGUUUAACUUGUCGGUUGUGUCACACUCUAAUCAGACUAAAAGCACAUUGAUUUGUUUUCAGACAUCACUUUUCACUUUAAAUAGAGCACAGUAUGGACACACAUAUGGAAAACAGAUCAAAACGCACGACAAAAUUUACAUCACUUUCCCCACCAAGGCAGGACAUAAAAUAAAUAUUUGUUCUAUCUACAAAGCCAGAAGAAAACUAAAUUAUAUUAAUCUUGUCUGUAACAUUAUUACAUUUCCUAAUAGUUUCAGAAACAUUGCAGAAUUAAAUAUACGCUUAAGUAAUACUAACGAGUAUUUCUGUAUGCAUCAAUAGCUUGAUUUUCAAUGGGUUACGUCAAGUCUGACUUUGCAUUCAAAUGAUACCAUUACAAACUACACUUAAGCAGUAGAAAAUGUAGAGAAACUCAAAAUAUCAGAGUUCACAUUGAUCGUGACAGAGAUAGGUAUGUUCAGAUACAAAAUAUGAAAAUCACAACUAUGAAAAGCGGCAUGAGCAGAACUCUAGUAGAGGAUCCACUCCUGAUUUGUUCUUAUUUUCCACAUCUGACAUCCGUAAGGCAUAUUUAUACCUUUUUUCCUUAGCUAGGGCAUUUUCCUUCAAUAAGGGCAUUAACAGGUGGUCUUAGAAACACAUGAAGUUGGGUAGACACUACUUGCAGCAUUUUAUGGUCACAUCACUAGAAAAUACAGUUGUGGAAAAUGUGAACAUAGAAGUUACUGGAGAUAGAUUUCUGGAUAUGUACACAGUGGUGGCCAUAUUACAUUUUCUCAGCUGGCUUAAAGGACUGGAGAGAGGGGCUGUGGUAGCCUUCACUGCACAACUUUUGAAUUAACAUUACUACACUACACAAUACAUGUACAUACAUACUGUAGAAAUCUAUAAUUUUGAAACAGCUAUAGAAAUGGAUGUAAUUUCAUUCCAAGAAUCUGUUCUGGGAAAAGUUAUUAAAACUGGCAGAAAAUUGACCUGUUGUAGCUUCUACUCAGUCUGUGUUGCCUCACUAUUUGAAGAUUCCAGGAGCAAUAGCUAUAUGACUGAAUCUCAACAAAUUACUUGAUUUGUUUCUUGUUUAUAAGUCCAAAUUUCUUCACUAACAGGCCCAAUGAAACAUCACAUCCUUCCUAAAUCCUUCCAACCUUACCGUGAUGAUUACUAAACAUUGUACCAACAGCUUCCUGAUAGCAAGGCAUUAUGACGCACUGGAACAGGUUGCCCAAGGAGGUUGUGGAUGCCCCAUCCCUGGAGGCAUUCAGGGCCAGGCUGGAUGUGGCUCUGGGCAGCCUGGUCUGGUGGUUGGCGACCCUGCACAUAGCAGGGGGGUUGAAACUAGAUGACCAUUGUGGUCCUUUUCAACCCAGGCUAUUUAUUCUAUGAUUCUAUUGAUGCUAUCCUUGUUUAUUCACUUUUUGUCCUUACUGCUGCAGAUGUAGAUAUAGGCUAAACUUACCUGCAAGCAUAUUAUCAACUGGUAGAACUGUAGUAUUCCAAUCUCUUCUGCCUACCUGAAAUGAACCAGCACAAAAACAAGAAUGAUUUCUGGAACUCAGACUUGAGUAACAAAACAAAACACUUAAUUUAGUAGAGCUACACUCACUGUUAGAUCUUCGUGAAGAUUUAUUACUGAAUUCUCCAGAAUUAUUUACUUACUAUUUUAGUUAUGCUAACAGCAUUCUUAAACACUUUUAUCUAAGUAUAAAAAUUAUGACAGGCAAUUUUUUUCUUUUUUCUUUUUAUCCACCAGGUACUGUUACCAUUAAAAGAAACAUCAAGAACCAAGAGAAGUGCCUUGGAAACCAACAGGGAAAUAGAACUUAUUACCUUUAUAACAUAUUCCAUUGUGAACAAGAGAUUUAUUUUUGCAGAUUGACAGACUACUUCCCA